CACAGCGGUUGGCAUAGACAGUAUUACAACUGCUUAAACUUUGAGCUUUGAGUGUUUAUUGCAAUGGCAAACAGUGACCACAUAGUUCUUUUAGAUUACUCCGUAAGCCCUUUUGCAAUGAGGGUGCGACUGGCUUUGGCAGCCAAAGGGGUCGAGUAUCUGAUUAAGGAAGAAGACUUGACCCAAAGUAAAAGCUCUCUACUCUUGAAAGUGAAUCCAGUUCAUAAGAAAAUUCCAGUUCUAAUUCACAAUGGGAAGCCCGUAUGCGAGUCCUUGAUAAUAGUGGAAUACAUUGAUGAGGUUUGGAAGGAUAGAUGUCGUCUUCUGCCGGCUGACCCUUACCAAAGAGCAAAAGCUAAGUUCUGGGCCGACUUCAUUGACAAAAUGGUAUACCCAUCCGGUUAUAAAGUGUGGGCAGCAAACGGAGAAGUGCAAGAGGCUGGCAAGAAGGAAUUCAUAGACAGGAUUAAGAUGUUAGAAGGAGAGCUUAAGUCGAACCCUUACUUUGGGGGUGAGACUUUGGGUUUUCUGGACAUUGCUUUUCUCCCAUUGUACUACUGGUUCCAUACAUUAGAAACUUUUGGGAAGUUCAGCAUAGAAGCGGAGUGUCCAAAGCUGGUGGCAUGGGGUAAGAGGUGCAUGGAGGAGGAGUUCGUGUACACCUCUCUACCUCACCCACAUAAGGUCUAUGACUUGGUGGUGGAUUACAAGAAGAAAAUGGGGAUAUAGCCUUGUUGUGAUGUAAUUGGAUACCUUUGAGUAUUUGUCUUGUUAUUUUGUUUAAUUAAUAAGGGAUAUUAUUGCGGUUGUUUGAAGUAUUUGUGUCAAGAAUCAAUAAUAAAUUAUAGUAGUUUUGAUGGGACUUA